AUGGCUGAAGGAGGAACUUCAGAAGAGGCCAAGUUCACAGCCAGUCCGUCCAGAGGCGUAAUAGGUGCAGUGCCUAGAAUUGAUGGUGGAGGCGCAAAUGGUGGCAUUGGAGGCCUAGGCAGUGGUUCAUGCAAAGGCAUAGCUGGUGCUGUGUCAGGAGUUGUUGGUGGAGGCGUAAAAGGUGGCAUCAAAGGAGGCCCAAACAGUGAUGCAAGUAGUGGUGUAGUUGGUGCUAUGCCUGGAGUUGUUGGUGGAGGUGUAAAAGGUGGCAUUGGAGGAGGCCUAGGAAGUGGUGCAAACGAAGACGUAGCUGGUGCUAUGCCUGGAGUUAUUAGAGGAGGCGUAAACAACGGCAUUAGAGGAGGCCCAGAUGGUGGUGCAAGUGGAGGUGUAGUUGGUGUUAUGCCUAGAGUUGUUGGUGGAGGCACAAAUGGCGGCAUCAUAAGAGGCACAGGUGGUGGUGCCGACAUUGGAGGAGGUGCUAAUGGUAGUGCAGGUGGACGAACAAGCAUUGGAGGAGGAGCAAGUGGUGGUGUAGGUGGAGGGGUUGCAGGUGGUGGUAUAUUCUAA